UUUUUUCUUUUUAUACAUAACCAUCUUGCCAUCUUUGAUUCAUUGUUUUUAAAAGUUCUUUUAAAAUCGGAUAUUACUUAUUAACUAUCAUUAUAAGCAGUGUAAGAACUGAGUUUUAAAAAUGUGUUUGCAAAAUCUUGUCGCGCUUUGACGCCCUCGCCUGUUGAGAGAGGGAGUGAUCAUUACUUGACAAACUAAUAAUAAAUUUCACUCAUUAUUCUGGCUGCUAACCCUAAAUUUUACAAAAUAUUAUCGUUUUCAAUAUUUUGAAAGAUCAUCUUGUAUUGACUUAAUAAACUGUAGUAUUUUAAAAUCCUUUGAAUCAUAACAUUUUGUGUACUUUACAUGCUCCCUCUAGUGGUAUUUGGGAAAGUUACAAGCAAAGAGUGUUGCUGAUGUCUAAAAUAAGAAUUGACCACACUGGGAUGGGAGAAAUAUGGACUGUAUUCUUCCCAGAUCACCUCGUCAACAGUGCCUCUGGUUUUCUGAAAGGAUACACUGAUGAGCGGAAAUGUGUUGCAUAUGUUCUUACAAUCUCUCAAAAUACGUCGCACACCGAGUGCGAGAUCGACAGAAUCAUUGGCAUUUGGCAGGGACAUGGUGAUGCCAUUAAUGAUUGGUCCCACUGCCAGCAACACGAUGAAGUGAAUAAUCACAAGAAGUCUGUCUUUUUUAAUAUUUUUUGUCAUCAAAAGGAGUUUGGAGUUGUGAUGUAUUUCAAAGAAGAAAAAAAGGCUGACCAUUGUGCUGUAUGUGUAAUCUUUAAUCAAAGAGCUUUGCUAUCAUCAUUUUUAAUUUGUGAAAGUACUGAAGGCAACCACGCGAGUGAGUUACAUGAUUAUGUCAGUCACAUAAUAACUGUCUACAAAAGUCACCAGGAAAGUAUUUCAAAUGGAGUAUGUGCAGGUUCGUCAACAACCCUAAAAGCAUUCCAGCUUAUCAUCAUACAAAUAUUUCAGAUAAUGACAACUUCACUUGUUUGUUUGGAGAAGUUUUUAGAUAUCUUGAGCUUCAAGUGCUUUUUGAAAUAUCUAUCAGUACAGCCACCAGAAUUUGUCAACCACAUCAGCAACAAACUCAGUCGAUUUAGUCAGAUUCAGUCAACAAAUGUAACACCAAAAGGAAAACUUGUGCUUUUUGAUAUAUGUAGUCAACAGUUAUUGGAUUCAUUUCUGGGCUUGAUGGUUAUGGCAUUUGUGAUACACAGCGGUUGUGCAGGUGAUAUUGCCAGUUUCAUUAUGCACUGGGUAGAUGUAACUGCUUCUUAUCUUACUGAUCUUCUUCAUUGGCUUAUGGGUGCACCUGCUGGAUUAAAAUUAAAUUCUCAGCUAGCUGGAUACAUGGGGAAUUUUUUUCUAUAUCAUAUCUACUUAUGGACAGGAUACUUGUCAUUGCUGCAGCCAGUACUGGGACUGUGUAUGUGGUGUACAGCUUGCACUGGCAUAUUUGGUAUAAGCAGUCAGCUAUGCGUGGCACAGGACAUUCUUUCCAUGUUGACAAUCCAUAUAUACUGCUUCUAUGUCUAUGCUGCAAGAAUUUACAGGCUUCAACUCUAUGCACUUUCUUCUCUGUGGCGAUUGUUUCGGGGAAAGAAGUGGAAUGUCCUGAGGCUGCGCGUUGAUUCUGCAACAUACAACAUUGAUCAGUUGUUUGUUGGCACUCUGCUGUUUACUAUCCUUCUGUUCUUAUUACCCACCACAGCACUUUACUACUUUGUAUUUACAACACUAAGACUACUACUACUGUUUUUCCGUGGCAUGAUGUCCCAGUGUGUUCUUCAUCUUAACAACAUUCCAGUGUGUACUUUACUUCUGUGGAUUCUUCAUUCCAAAGCUGUUACAGGAAGUGUUAAAUUUACAGUGCAGGAAGACAGAUGUUGCAGCACUUGCUUGGUUCUUUGUAUGAAGGCUGUACAUCUUCCUUUUUAUAAACUGUACAAAAAGGCCCAAUACCAAAUGAUGCACAGUGAGAAGACCCAGCUAUACACAUGGUCAGAACUGCUAAAGCGGUUAGCAGUGGGUGAUCUUAUUUAUCCAUGGAUCAAUCAAGCAAGGACUCACAUCAAGGAAAAGCAGCUAUAAUGAAUUCCACUCAUUGCGCGCAGUCUGUAACAACAUCAAAGAAGAGUUCAAGGUUUACAUGGGUCAUUGUACUUAAAACUUCCUCAGCCAGAUCAUGUAUGAUUUACCAGGUAAGGUAAUAUGUGGUGACAGUAAAAGCUUGGGCUUCAUCUUCUAUGUGCCAUGAUAUCCUUAACCAUUUGCAGGUCACUACUCCUACUAGGUUAUGGAACCUUCAUUUUCGUUUCUUGUUUGUUUUAUUCUUUGUUUAUUCAUGUUUUUUAACAUGUGUAUUGCUACACUAACAGGGCUGACAAUCAACUCUUUAUUUUAGAGACCAUGUGUGUAUUUUCUUUUUGUAGAGCACUUUGAGCCUACCUUUGAUGGUGGGAUAAAGCACUAAUUAAAUGAACUUUAUUAUUAAUAUUCUUGAGAAUAGUUUCAAUAUUGGUUGCAGCAACCUUUUGACUUCCUGCUGUGUGAUGCUGUAAAGCCCAGUAUCGGUUUUCAACAGUCUUUUUUUUAAUUAAUUUAACUAACUAAUCUAUGUACAUUCAUAUAUGAGAAAGAGGUAGAAGGAGAAUAAAAUAAUGUUGAUUUGAUUACAAUUUGUGUCAAUGCAUGCAAAUGUGAUGGAAAAUCAAAAUCAUUUUUUUACAAAUUAUUGAAACCAAAAGAUGUGCAUAAGUUAAUGUUGUUAAGUUUAUACAUUUGUGCUAUAUACAUAUCAAAACUAAUUAUGCAGUGCCAAUUUAACCUCAUUUUAAAAUUUUACUCAACAUGUUUUUGUGCUAAGGCUACCAUACAGUGAUGCAAAAAUGUUGCUAAACAUCUUUUUCAUGUUCUUACAAAAAUUGUAUCUUUGACCUUUGUUAAUCAAUGAAAAUAAUAAAUACAGUAUUCCUAAAAUAAUUUAUCCAGAAGUUUCUAUUAUUGAUUGACUUUUUAGUGAUUUGUAUCAAGUUACAACAAUUUUUGGGAUUUUUUUUUUUUUAGAGUAUUAAGAUCAAUUUUACACUAAGUAAGAAUUGUAUCAAAACUAUUGCUUUAUAAUUGAAACAUUUUGUAUGAGCUUAUAAUAUUGAUGUAAAUAUUUGACCUGGAUCAUUUUAUGUUCAUAUGUAUGGACUGAAACAAUGUCAGCAUAUCUGUCAAUAAAAGUUUUUUUUUUCGGUUACACGGUGA